AUUGCAUGAUUGUAUAUGUGGAUAUAAUUGAAGAAAUCUUUCUUAUCAGUCAGUCAGUCAGUCGGUCAGCCGUGGUUUUUCAGUCAAAAUGUUGCGUGCCGUGAUUUUGUUUUGUGUGGUCCUAGCUGUUAGAGGACAGACUACUGAUGUUUCUCAGUGCACAGCAAACCCUGGUCCCCUGCCCAUCAACGCCUACAUCGCCGGCUGUAGCUCUGCCCCAUGCAACCUGCCACAACUGCAGGAUGCCGUCAUCAACAUCAUCUUCAGAGCACCGAGAACCAUAACGACAAUGAGGACCCUCGCCGUGGCGUACAUUCCCUCACCUUUUGGUAACAUUCCCUUCCCCUAUGGGCUUGGCGACGACGCGGAGACUUGCAACUUCCUUACCAACACCUACUGCCCUGUGGUGCAAGGAGAGGUCAUACAGUACACGCUCAGAAUGUACAUCGAGUCCUUCUUCCCUGUUGACACGCAAGUCUCCAUCGAGUUCAGGAUCGUGGAUGAGGCCAACUCUCCAGUGAUGUGCAUCAGAGUGCCGAUCCGCAUUACUGCGCCCGAGACCUUCGGAGCAAGGAAUGCGACCCUCAUUGAAGAGGUCUGAAGUGGAACUGAGAAACUAUCGUAACUAAAACUUCUUAUUUCAAGGAUCAACCAACUAAAUAAGUUAUAAAGGUCUGAGUACUCUUAGGUCCUUCAUGAAUUUUGUGUACAUUUCUCGUCAAGUAACUUUGCUCCUCUGAAGCCAGCCAUUUAACGGCUCGCGCAUGCGUAGUUUGCUCGCUACAAUUUGAAUAUUGUCUUCGAAGUCUGUACUUCGAAGCCGUUAUUUGAUGAGAUCUGCACAUUUUAUUUUACGACACAAACAAUUGAAUCAAUGAAUGGUAGAAGUUUUAUUUACAGUAAGAAAACCGUAAUGAAAUGUGAUAUGUAUUUUUAAUUUUUAAAUAAACGUUUUUGUCGAUA